CAGAGUCUCUCUCUGCCUCUCUCUCAGUAGGAGAAGAGCGACAGGCGGCGAGCGCGGCGCGCACAGCGGGGACGCGGUUUGAAAUCCGAGCCGGGCUAAUUUUUUUUUUUUUUUUUACCCCCCUCCUCCCCUUCUAGAGUCCGGAGCUCCAAACUGUUUAGCGGGAGUUCGUGAGUCCAGCAGUUUCACACAGAGGAGCGGCCGAGCAGAGAGAGGAGCUCACAUCAGCCCAAACCCGGAGCAGCGCACUGAGUCCGAGCCGCGCGCCUCUGGCUCGAGGUCCGAGGAGGAGGCGGAGGAGGCGCGGGUCCUGAGGCUCCCGAACAGUCAAACCGGGUAAAGGCGCGCGACGCGGAGAGAGGAGCUGAAGUUUCUGUGGAUUGCUCCAUAAGGAAGAGCUGGACACGGCUGACCUUCUUGGCAUCUUGGACCCAUUGGACUAUCCACCUUCUCAAGAAGCAGCUGUGCAACUGAUAGUGAUUUGUAAGAGCUGAGGAUUACUGGCAACACAGGAGGUUUUCGGGUGGACAGGGGACGUCUGUGUGAGAGUGCUUGAGUGUAUGAGUGUGUGUAUGGCAGCGCUACAUUGACAUCAUGUGUAGGACUGUGGAAGAUGUGUGAGUCUGGUGUCCGUGGUGAGGAGCCUGGGCCACGGAGGCCCCUGGCUGGGAUGAUGGCACUUUGCCUUCUCCUCUACCUCUCCUCCAUCGUCCCGUCAGUGCACAACGCUCACCUGCCCUCGGCACAGCCCACAGGCUGGCGGUCAAGCGAAACUGAAACGGAGCUGGAGACGGAGGUGUUUCUAGAGGACUAUGUGGUGGCCGUGGGGGACUCAUUGGACCUUCAGUGUAAUGCACCCAACUUCCUGAUGUCUGUCACGUGGCAAAAAGACGGUGGCACCGUGCUACCUGGCAACCGCACGCGGCUCAGCCACAAGACGCUGCAUGUCAACAAUGUCUCGUACGACGACUCGGGUGUCUACUCCUGCAGAUACGAACAUGGCAACACGCCGCUCGGCAACUAUACUGUCCGAGUCACUGAUUCCCUCUCCUCUGGUGAUGAUGAAGAUUAUGAUGAGGAGCCAGACGAUGCAGGUAAUGCAAAUGAGGCACCAUACUGGACCCGCCCGGAACGGAUGGAGAAGAAGCUCUUGGCUGUCCCUGCUGCCAACACGGUGAAGUUCCGCUGUGCAGCGGCAGGGAACCCAACCCCCACCAUCCACUGGCUGAAGAACGGCAAAGAGUUUAAGGGCGAGCAGAGGAUGGGCGGGAUUAAGUUGAGGCAUCUGCAGUGGAGUUUGGUAAUGGAGAGCGCUGUUCCAUCAGACAGAGGCAACUACACAUGCGUAGUGCAGAACAAAUACGGGACCAUCACACACACUUACCAGCUUGAUGUACUGGAGCGUUCUCCUCACCGGCCUAUCCUGCAGGCAGGUCUGCCGGCCAAUCAGACAGUGGUGGUGGGUAGUGAUGUGGAGUUCCACUGUAAGGUGUACAGUGAUGCACAGCCUCAUAUCCAGUGGCUCAAACACAUUGAGGUGAAUGGCAGCCGCUACGGCCCCAACGGAACACCCUAUGUUACUGUUCUGAAGACUGCUGGUAUUAACACUACAGAUAAGGAACUGGAGGUUCUGUUCCUGACCAACGUGUCCUUUGAGGAUGCGGGCGAGUACACAUGUCUUGCGGGGAACUCUAUAGGUUAUGCCCAUCACUCAGCUUGGCUUACCGUUCUACCAGCUGUAGAGAUGGAGAAAGAAGACGACUACGCCGACUUCCUAAUCUACGGAACAGGCUGCGUGCUUUUUAUCCUCACAGUGAUCAUCAUCAUCCUCUGCCGCAUGCGCAUGAGCACGCAAAAGACGCUUCCCACACCUCCUGUACAAAAGCUGUCCAAAUUCCCCCUCAAGAGACAGCAGGUGUCCUUGGACUCCAAUUCCUCCAUGAAUUCGAACACUCCACUGGUCAGGAUCGCCCGUUUAUCAUCCAGUGAUGGACCAAUGCUGCCCAAUGUCUCUGAGCUAGAACUGCCCUCAGACCCCAAGUGGGAGUUUCCUCGCUCAAGGCUAACACUAGGGAAAGCUCUUGGUGAAGGCUGCUUCGGGCAAGUUGUGAUGGCCGAAGCCAUCGGUGUUGAUAAAGAGAAACCCAACAAGCCAAUCACAGUGGCAGUCAAGAUGCUCAAAGACGAUGGCACUGACAAGGACCUGUCUGACCUGGUGUCUGAGAUGGAGAUGAUGAAAAUGAUCGGCAAACACAAGAACAUCAUCAAUUUGCUUGGGGCAUGCACACAAGAUGGUCCUCUCUAUGUGUUGGUGGAAUAUGCCUCCAAAGGGAACCUGAGGGAAUAUCUUCGUGCCCGGAGGCCUCCUGGUAUGGACUACUCAUUUGACACCUGUAAGAUUCCAGAUGAGACGCUCACCUUUAAGGACCUGGUGUCUUGUGCCUACCAGGUAGCCAGAGGCAUGGAGUACCUGGCCUCCCAGAAGUGUAUCCAUAGAGACCUGGCGGCCAGGAACGUUCUGGUGACAGAGGAUAAUGUGAUGAAAAUUGCUGACUUUGGUCUGGCCAGAGAUGUGCACAACAUAGACUACUACAAAAAGACCACCAAUGGUCGUUUGCCCGUUAAAUGGAUGGCACCGGAGGCUCUAUUUGACCGGGUCUACACACACCAGAGCGAUGUCUGGUCGUACGGAGUGUUGCUAUGGGAGAUCUUCACUCUGGGAGGGUCACCGUACCCUGGCAUCCCUGUCGAAGAGCUCUUCAAGCUGCUCAAGGAGGGCCAUCGAAUGGACAAACCUGCCAACUGCACUCAUGAACUGUAUAUGAUCAUGCGUGAGUGCUGGCAUGCUGUUCCGUCUCAGAGACCCACAUUCAGACAGCUGGUGGAGGAUCAUGACAGGGUUCUCUCCAUGACAUCGACUGAUGAGUAUUUAGAUCUCUCAGUACCGUUUGAGCAGUACUCGCCCACCUGUCCAGACUCCAACAGCACCUGCUCCUCCGGAGAUGACUCCGUGUUUGCUCAUGAUCCCCUGCCUGACGAGCCAUGUCUCCCUAAACACCACCACAGCAACGGCGUCAUACGGACAUAGAGGCUUGAAACACAACGACAGCAGCAGCAUUAUACGGGUGUAAACAGCUUAAACACGGCAGCGGACAUCAACACCCUAAAAUCCAUCAUAAUAACGGCAUUAUGAGAACAUAAACACCCUUAAGAAGAAGUUGGAGAGUGCUCAGGGGUCAAAGACAGGUCAACCUUCAAUCCCCUGAUUAACAUCCAGAUAAGAAGAGGCUCGGUGUUGCACAGCGUGUUCCAGUUCUCUAGUCACACCGAACUAAUUCGCUCGGCUCACUGCGAAGUUCGAGUGGGAAAAAAGCGACACUACAUCAAAGCUACCAUCACCACAUUUCCUCUUCCUCGUGCCCUUCUUCUGUUUAUAAGCUGACAUUCUGCUUUUUGAAAAUCAUGCUUUUUUAAAGAGAAUUCCUAUUUUUCUACUCUGCCAGUUUAUUCUUUCUUUAAUGCUUGGCAUUUUGAAGGGUGAAACCAUUCCGUGCCUCUCGAACAAACACAGAACCAGUAGAACAAUGGGGACAUAUUAUACAGUAGUGACACCCCGAGUGUCAUUCCAUGUAGGACAACUUGGAGCUGAUGGGAAAAUAUUUGAUUUGUGUGAGAAUCAAACUUAAACCAUUGCUUUCAAACGUGGCCAGUUUCUUUUUUUUUUUACUUUUUUUUUUCACGAGAACGUCUGACAUGCCAUUCUUUGAAAGGAGAAGAGUCCCAGAUGUGAGAUUUGAUUUGAGGAAAUAUAAUUGUGCGUUUUGUAUGUAUCUAAAUUUUCUAUUGUAAAUAUACAGAUAUAAAUAUGUAUCAUAUUGCAGUCCACAGCAGUGUAUGUAAGAGAAAAGAAUUGAUUUAAAAAAAAAUAGUUUAAAUACAAUGCAUUGCAAAUGAGCAUACAUUGUUGAGGUCAUGUAAACAUUUAAUCUUAAAAAGCUAAAAGUUUUAUUUGAAUUAACAUGUAUAUUUGUAAAGCUAUUUAUAGACUUAACAUAAUGAUUUUAAGGUCUAAAAUUAUAGUCUAGGGAUUUGGUACUGUAAACAAAGGGGGUUUUGUUGUUGUUGUUGUUGUUGAGUUUAAUUUUGUAAGUUAUUUACCACAGAGGUACAGCAUUUUCUCAGCCAGUGGAUUUGUUUUUGUGGCUUUUUUUUCCCUUUAUUUUCUUUUGUUUUCCAUCUCUUUGUUUACAGUGGCAAGAAUGUACAAACACUUUUGGCAAUAUAAGUACCAGCAUAAUGACAUGAACCAGAAGUUGAAUUCUGAGAUGAAAUGAGAGUGCCACAUGUUUUAUGUUGUGUUGACUGUGAUCUCAGUGUUAGUAUCUGGAAUAUAAGGAACCUCAUGUGAUUUUUCUCUGGAGAAGAAGUUGUCAGACUUCUGAGAGCUAAAGAAUUCAGCACUUGCCAGAAUUUAACAUAAAAAGAAUUUAUAUUUUACAUAAAUUUAUACAAUUCCCCUACAAUUACCUUUGACUUGUUGACCUUAAAAAGUAAUUUAACGCAGUGAUUUUUCCAACACUGGUAAAGUAUUACAGAAAACGAACAGAGUUUUACAGAAGAGACAGCCUUCUCAGAGAAUGAACACUGUGGUUCUGUAUGUCGCUCUUUGAUAUGAAGGAAUGCUUUGUGGUUAAAACCCAAAUGGCAUCGAUUAAGAUAGUAGAAUCUAUAUGGUCAAACCAUUUUAUAAAAGUGUGUUUUACGAUUGCUUUUUCAUUUAUGCUACAAGGAAAGUGUGAAAUACUGCGAGGUAUCUUCCAUCACUAUAUUUGUACGAAGUGCCAAAAUCUUCCAUCUGCCAAACUUUUCUGUUCUACGUCUGUUAAUGAGUCCAGAUUCUUUCUUCCUCUUCGAUCUGAGAGUGUGUUGCUGAUAUGUGAUUGUCUCUUGCUUUGUGAGUCAAACGAUGCAUUGUGGGAAGGUUUGGUUGUGUCUCAGGGUGUCCUUAGACAAUUGUGCAUGAACUGGCAAUAAUGUAUAAAGGGACAAAGAAAGAGACAAGGUGAUGCACUUGCUGCUAAAACAAACAAAAAACAUGUAGAUUUAAUAUCUGAGGAGUGUAAAGCUCUUUCUCUGUCCUGUCAAAUUUAUUAUGAUUGGCCCAUUUUCUAUUCAUCAAGUGCCUGGCCCAAAGGGAGGGUUUGAUGUUUUGCUAGAGGUUUUGAAUGUACAGCCACAGCAGCAGAGACAUAAGCAGGGUGUUUCUUUAAACAAAGUCUGUAAAGCACUUCUUUACUGUUGUUGUUGUUGGAUUACAGCACCCAAGACAUUCAGUGGGAAAUUUCCAUCUCUUCUUCUUCCAAUCAAGAGGGGCCAUUGUCCUUAAAAAGAGAGCUGUGUGUUUUGUUUUGUGUUUACUUAUUGAAACCCACUCUUUCUCCUGAAUGGCUCUCUUCUGUAUGACCUUAAACCUCUGGUUCACCUGCAGAACCCCCCUGUACUCUACUACUGAAGGCCCUGCACACUCACCAGCACUGUGAUGCUGGUCCUUUCCCCACAAAUAUUUAUUGUAUUUAUAAUUUAGUUUGUUUAGAUGUGCAUACAACAGUGUUGGUUUUAGUGACACUUUUGUAAUCUAAGACGGAGGUAGUACCAAGACGUGUUUUGGGGUUGAUGAGGGUUCAAUUCCAAUGAAAAUGUUUACAUUCUCUUUCAGACAUCAUGCUUUUCCCACAGCUUUUGAACUGGCUGGAAUGAUUAGCAAUACGGUCUAAUGACCACACUAUUAUUCAUUCGACUUUAAUGUGUCCUUUCUUUUAGCUCUAUGUGGUAGUGCCAUUCAGCUCUUAUUAGAAGAUCUUACAGUUACAGAAAUUACAGUUUUAAUUUGCAGAAUAUUACCAUGCAUUGAGUAGAUUUGAUAUAGGUUGAUGAUUUUAAAUAGGAGUGAAAGUGAUCUUUGCAGUAUUUUCUCACAAAGGAAGUUGGUCCAACAAUGCAUUCCAUGUAGACUUUUUGGAGGAAAUAAAGUUUGCUGAAUUAAAGUAGCAGGUCAUUCAGCCUCAUUCUGUUUCUCUCACCUUUUAACAUAGAGACAUGUACAAACACAGAAUACUGACGGUUUGAUAUGAAUGCCUGCUUUUAUUUUCAUGCAUGUCUUUGCUCUGAAAACAUUCCACUGUAUUUCUGCUUCACCCAUAUCAGUGAACUUACACCUCCAUACUCCGUCUGUGCCUGACAAAACAUUGCUGUUAAAAGAUUUUCAAUAAACACACUACAUAAAAA